UGCGGUUUUUAUGCUUUUCUUUUUUUGUGGGUAAGGACUUGAAGGAGGAAGACGAGGAUUUACGAAUAAGGAAAGAAACGGGAUGUGGUCUGAGUCUAAAGAGACGACGAACUAUACAUACACAGCUACCAAGAUCUUCUCUGUGUCUGCUCUAAGACCCUUCCUAUAAAUUUUCCAUCUUUGUAGCGCUGGUUUGGUCUGUUCGUUUUGUAAAUCUGUCCUGGUUUGAACUGGUGUUUCGUUUCAACAAAACCCUGAUAAGUUUUUUUUUUUUUAAUAUAGUUUCUGUUUUGUUAAUCUGGGUUCUCUCACCUUCUGGUUUGUACUAGUUGUCCUGUCGUUACUUCUCGAGCCAAAGAAGCAUAAGCGUGUUUUGGAAAUUUCACUAGAGCUUGUUUUUUCUGGUCAUUAAUAGAGGACAUGGUGAGAGGGAAGAUUCAGAUGAAGCUAAUCGAAAAUACGACGAGUCGGCAAGUCACCUUCUCGAAGCGUCGACAAGGGCUGCUAAAGAAGGCCUUCGAGCUUUCCGUUCUUUGCGAUGCCGAAGUCGCCGUGAUCGUAUUUUCCCAAAAAGGCAGGCUCUAUGAGUUUUCGAGCUCUGACAUUCAAGAGGUGAUAGGACGAUACUUUAACCAGGCAAAAGGCGGGCAAGGGAACAACAUUGCAGUGGAACAAUACAUGCUGCAAUUGGAGCGUGGCAGUGCAAGCAUGGCAAAGCAGAUUGAGCUUCUUGAUGCUUCUCAAAGGAAGCUUUUGGGACAUGGUUUAAGUUCGUGUACUUCUGAGGAACUUCAAGAGACCGAGAGCCUGCUGGUGCGAAGCUUAUCCCUUAUCAGGGGAAAAAAGCUAACAAGCAGAAAGAAAUGGCCUAAAUUACAGGCUCAGUUAUGGACGAAUGAAAUAAAGCAUCUGAAAGAGAAGGAGAGACUUCUGUUAGAGGAAAAUGCAAGGUUAAUCGAAAAGGUGAGCCUUCAAGGAUUCUUGAUCUACUCAAACCUGCCACAACUUUUGAAAAUGUUCGCUAUCAGUUUACUUGUAACUUGUUUUAACUUACCAGCUCAAGAGAAAGGUUUUGUACCCUACAGAAGCCAAAUUGGCCAGGCUUCAGACAUAGAUGUGGAGACUCAAUUGUUCAUCGGGCUGCCAGAAAUGCGCUGCUCUUGAAAGAAGUUUUGGCAUCUGCUCAUGACCAUGUUCUCCCAAAAAUUCGAAGAUUUCUCAAAAUAAGAGGAAAUAAUAAACAAAUGCAUUAUUAUUGUAUAACCAGCUUGUUGAUCACUUAUUCCAUGUGCAAGUUCAUAAAUAGUACUGUAGCUUCGUAUAUAUGGUGUUAUCUAAAAUUUGUCAGCUAGUUGUAUGAAAAUAAUCGUAUUAAUGUUAGCUAUGAUUUCAGUACUGUAAUAUAUUUAAUCGAGGGAAUCAUCAAUCUUAAUAAUUUUCGUUCUUUA